AUGGCGAGUUUUCUGGAUAACCUCCGGGGCAAGUCCUCUGAGGAUGCGGUUCCCAAGGCCGACUCUGACUUCGCAGACUUUGGCGACGCCCCAGUCGUCGCCGAAGACACCUCCCCCGCUCCCCCAGGCGCCGCCGACGGGCUCAGGACCACCCCCUCAGGCAAGCCCUACACGAAAUGGUACAACGUGCACGAGCGCCACUCCCUCAGCGAGUUCCGCCUCGAAGGCUACAUCCUCGGCAUCAUCGCCGUGCUCCUCGUCUUCCACCUUAUCGGCUCUCGGCGUAACCGAUCCAAGGCCAAGAACUUCAUGGCGAAGCACCUGCCCGUGCUGCGUCGCGAGUUCGCGCAGGUCGGGUUCGGCGGCGAGAGCCAGAUUCGGGAGAAGUCGCUCUUCGAGUUCGAGUCGUAUGCUACGGGUCGCCAGAACGUGGCCUUUGUCGAUAUCAACUUGGUUAUGAAGAAGCGCUUUAACCCCAUUCUUGGUGCUGCUGAGUUUGUCCUCGGCUCGCUUUUCGAAUCCGUCCCUGCCCCAAAGGAUGCUGUCGAUGCUGCUUUGUAUCCCUUCGAUGGGAAGGAGUCGAAGACUGUGCCAACGAUUCCUGGCUCCAAUGAGCUCAAGGUUGAGAAGUCGGCUUAUGAUGGCUUUGUCUGGGCCGUUGUCAACAAGAACAAUAUGCAGGCUAUUCGUGAUGAGCGAUAUGAUGCCUCGAUUACCUUUACCAAGGAUAACUCGAAGCUUCCUCCCUGGUUGACUGUCAUGAGCGAGAGCGCUGAAAUUACCGACGUUCUUCUUACUCCCGAGCUUAUCAAGGCUGCUGAGAAAGCUGGAGAUCUCCUUGAGUAUCUCAUCAUCACCGACCAGCCCGUUACUAAGCCUACGACCCUCGACGAGACGACCCCCCGCAAGCGCAUCUUCCUCCGCUACCGCCUCCCCUCCAGUGACAGGGAAUACGACGACAUCCUCCCCCUCUUCUCCUACUUCCUCCGCCUCCCCGACCUCCUCGUCAAGCAGGCCCACUUCCGCCCUGAGGUCCUUCGCAAGAUCCGCGUCAUCCGCGAGGAGGCCAUCGCCCAGAUCAAGAAGGCCGACGAGGAGCUCAAGGCCGAGGAGCGCAACACCGAGCGCGAACGCGCCAAGAAGGCGAAGCGCGACGAGCAGCUCAAGGGCAUGGAUGCUAAGACGCAGAAGAAGUUUUUGGAGAAGGAGCGGGAGAAGGAGUUUAAGAGGAGUCAGAAGAAGGGGACCGUUCGUGCUUGA